ACAAGGACCUGUACAAGGAGGCCAUGAUGGAGGAGCACCAGCCUCUUAUAUCACAGGAAAAUCCCAGUGAGAAAUGUGAAAAUGUCAUGUUACCACUAGAUGAAGAUAUCCUGCAGCGCUCUUCAGGAGAAAACCUCAUUACCCUUAAUGUACAUCUAGGUCUUCACAGUACAGAUUUGUCAUAUAAUCCUCCUAUUUAUGAGGAACCUUCUCCUGACCAAUCACAGAUUUUUUCCACAAAUACAAGUCAGAAAAGGAUUAAAAGGUUUCAUUGUGGUAAAGAAUCCACAAACAGCUCAGGACUUUCUACACACCGAAGACGUCACAGAGGAGAGAAAAUGUAUUCAUGUUCAGAAUGUGGGAAAUGUUUUAUAUAUAAAUCAGUUCUUGUUAAACAUGAGAGAAUACAUACAGGAGAGAAACCAUAUUCAUGUUCAGAAUGUGGGAAAUGUUUUAGACAAAAAUCACAUCUUGUUACACAUGAGAGAAGUCACACAGGAGAGAAACCAUAUUCAUGUUCAGAAUGUGGGAAAUGUUUUACAUAUAAAUCAGAUGUUGUUAUACAUGAGAGAAGUCACACAGGAGAGAAACCAUAUUUGUGUUCUGAAUGUGGAAAAUGUUUUACAAUGAAAUCAAAUCUUGUUAGACAUAGGAGAAGUCACACAGGAGAGAAACCAUAUUCAUGUUCAGAAUGUGGGAAAUGUUUUACAUAUAAAUCAGGUGUUGUUAUACAUGAGAGAAGUCACACAGGAGAGACGCUGUAUUCAUGUUCAGAAUGUGGGAAAUGUUUUACAAAGAAUUCAAAUCUUCUAAAACACAAGAAGAAUCACACAUGAGAAAAGCUGCAUUCAGAAUGAGAAAAAUGUUUUUGUUUCUAAAACCAUAAUUAGGGGUCAUUAGUGAAGUCACACAAGAGAGAAGCCAUAUGGCCACAAUAUAAGAAAACAAUAUAUCACUGGGUCAUAGACAUUGUUUUCAUUUCAGGUUGUAUAUUUGGAUAUAAAAGAUUAAUUGAUGUCACAUAACGGCUUCUAUAAAACAUCUGAUAAAGCCUGUUUAGGAAGACAUAUAUUCUGUUAGUUAAUAUUGGAAUUGGAGCACCGCACACUAUAAUUACUGGUGCCAGCAAGGACUGUAUAUUCUUAUUUAGUAGUAUGCAAAUUGCGGCACACAGAAAAUGUAGAUGCAAUUUCAAUAUUUUAUUGGUGCGAUAUCAUACAAAUCGGGAUCCAGUUACAUCAUGAAUUUGGUUAACCGCUCUCUAUAAUAAUGGCGACCGCACGUUUCUGUCAAGGCGGACCUUCUUCAGCGGUCUGAUUAUCUGUAGUUGGUGGUAGAGGAGGUCUGGGCUGGAUCACAUAUAUUCUGUUCAUGACUUAUAUAUUUAAUCCUUACAGUUAACCCUUUCAGCCCUGGAGGGUUUUUCGCAUUUUCGUUUUUUACUCCCUACCUUUCCAGGACUUUUUUAUUUUUCUGUUUACAUAGCUGUAUGAGCGCUUGUUUUUUGCGGGACAAGUUGCAUUUUCUAGGGGCUUCAUAGGAGCUAACAUGCGGCAGCUACAGUUCAUUACGGAUUACUGAGGCUGCCGCACAAUGCAUCCGGCUCCCCUGAUCCUCAUGUUUGACCACAUCAUCUGAAGGGUUAAAAGUCUGAGAUCAUUGUUACCGCCAGUCACGGACAUUAGCUGCUGGUGUCUGCUGUACGAAACAGCCGGCACCUGGUAGCUAUGGCGCAUAAGAGAGCUUAUUGUUCCUUCUGGAAAUUAAGUAAUACAUUCUCAACCUUUCUGAUCUCUUUACUCCAGGCGAAAUAGAUCUCAGGACAUCUAGAAAGAUCUAGGGAAUGGAGAUGAUAGUGAACAUUACAGUAGAGCUCCUAAGAGACACUGGAAGGAGGAGACCUGAUUAUAAUUACCAAAGAACAAUCCUUUGGCGUAAGAAGGAAUCUGAAGUACAGAUCCACUGAUGACAACACUAGGAUCUCCCUAUUCUUAUGGCAGAUGUCAUGGCCAGAUGGGAAUAAUCUGUUUAGGUUAGAUAUUUAUGUGGGCCCUCCUCCAGAGGGUCAAAGGGAGAUGAUCUUAAAACAUUUAUGAUCCUCCCUACUGGAAAGGGAGGAGUCAGCCGAGGAGGAUACGGAGGAUGAAGUAGGAGGAAAAGAAGAGGCAGGCCUGCCUGCAAUCCGUAGCGGUAACACCAAAUCCACACUGGUGCCACGGGUUA